CUCCGAAACUCUAUAAACAUAGCCACACCCACUUCACUUAUAUUUGUCCGUCUCCUCCUCUUGAAAAUAACAAGCUCUUAUCUCCCUCUGCAAACUGCGCCAUUCUUAUAUAGCUUCUUCCUCAAAUUAAAUGGCUUGCUUGCAAUUAUCCAAGGAGGUAAGUAAGUACAAAGGAGAAGAAGAAGAGUGCACUCUUGAUGGUUCAGUUGAUUAUUAUGGACGACCUGCAAUUCGAGAUACGAGUGGUCGAUGGGUUGCUGGAACCAUUAUCCUUGUGAAUCAGGGAUUGGCUACUCUGGCAUUCUUUGGUGUUGGAGUGAACCUGGUCCUGUUCUUAACAAGGGUCCUCGGACAAGACAAUGCCGAGGCUGCUAACAACGUUAGCAAAUGGACAGGAACUGUCUAUAUCUUCUCACUUGUCGGUGCUUUUCUCAGUGAUUCCUAUUGGGGACGAUACAAAACAUGUGCCAUCUUUCAGGCAAUUUUUGUCAUUGGCUUGGUAGGACUAUCAGUCACAACAAACCUGUUUCUGCUAAGGCCUAAAGGUUGCGGAACUCCAGAGAUACCAUGUGGAUCUCAUUCGAGCUUGGAAAUUGGGCUAUUUUAUCUAUCCAUUUACAUGAUUGCUCUGGGAAAUGGUGGAUACCAGCCAAAUAUUGCCACAUUUGGAGCAGAUCAGUUUGAUGAGGAGAACAUGGUGGAGGGUCGUUCAAAGGUGUCAUUUUUCAGCUACUUCUACCUAGCCUUGAACCUGGGCUCACUUUUCUCCAACACCAUAUUGGUAUUCUUUGAGGAUAAAGGACUUUGGGCUCUAGGAUUCUGGAGUUCGGCUGGCUCUGCUUUUGCUGCAUUAGUCCUGUUUCUGGCCGGAACAUCGAGAUAUAGGCAUUUUAAGCCAAGUGGGAACCCGCUUUUCAGAUUUUGCCAAGUGUUUGCUGCUGCAAUAAAGAAGUGGCGAGUUGAAUUAACCUCUGGGGAAGAGAAUUUAUUUGAAGCUGAUGGAGGGAAGGAUAAUUCGUCGAAUGGUGCUAGGAGAAUUCUUCACACUCAUGAAUUUAAAUUUUUGGAUAAAGCUGCUUUUAUUACAUCAAGAGAUUUCAAAACUGGUGUCCACAAUCCAUGGCAGCUCUGCCCGAUUUCCCAAGUUGAAGAGGUGAAAUGCAUUUUAAGACUACUCCCAAUCUGGCUGUGCACCAUCCUUUAUUCAGUUGUUUUCACGCAAAUGGCCUCACUAUUUGUCGAACAAGGGGAAGCUAUGACAAGUAAACUGUCAGAUUUUCGAAUUCCUCCAGCCAGUAUGUCCAGCUUCGACAUUCUAAGCGUAGCAACUUUUAUAUUCCUUUAUAGGAGAGUGAUCAGUCCUCUUGUUAGCCGAUUCAGAAAGACAGAAUCAAAGGGGCUGACGGAGCUUCAAAGGAUGGGAAUUGGACUUGUAAUAGCAGUGAUGGCUAUGGUUGCAGCCGGAAUAGUAGAGAUUUACAGACUCAAGUAUGCACAAAAGGAUUGCAAACACUGCAGUGGCUCAAGCUCAUUGAGCAUAUUUUGGCAAAUCCCUCAAUAUGCUCUUGUAGGAGCUUCCGAAGUCUUUAUGUAUGUGGGUCAGCUGGAGUUCUUCAAUGCACAAACACCGGAUGGACUCAAGAGUUUCGGGAGUGCACUUUGCAUGACAUCAAUCUCUCUGGGGAACUACGUGAGUAGUCUGAUCGUGACAAUGGUUAUGAAAAUAUCAACAGAAGACCACAUGCAUGGAUGGAUUCCUGGCAAUCUCAACCAUGGUCAUCUUGAUAGAUUCUACUUCCUAUUGGCUGGUUUAACAAGUCUUGAUUUAAUAGCCUACAUAUUUUGCGCAAAGUGGUACAAGAGUAUAAAGCUCGAAAGCAAGUACGAGGAUGAUAAUGAAGAAGAGAAGCUUGAAGCCUAUUGACCAGAACAUGGACUAACAAUAAUAAGGGCUUCAGAACUUGAGAGAGAAUCUUUGUUAUCUACAUGUGGAUUCUACAUUGUCCUGGAACACUGAAUGGAAAAGGUCAGAAAAGCAAGAAUAUCAUCUUGGGACUGGAAAGAGUUGGUUGGUUUUUGUUGUUGAUUACAGGAAUGUCGAUAGAUCUGUCUGAAUUUUACUUUCGUGGCUCUGUUGUAUUUUCCAUGAAAUUAACAUGUCAUUCAAGAUUAUCUUCAACUAUGUAAACCUUGGUGGAUUCGGCAGUUUAUAACCUUUUAUAUAUUUAUAAGGGCUCAUCUUUUAACAAUGCA